GACUUCUGUGCCUUCACAUAAUUCGUCUAAGCCUAAACGGUUAGCGAGAAUUUAGUUUUUCUUUAACAUUUCCCAACGCAACAUUUUUGGACUAACAAGAGACCGAGUUCGAGAACGAACACGCGUGGUCAUCCUUUGCGUGUGCAGUCCUUAUAGACCUAUUAUACCAACGUGUCUUCGAGUGUUCAUUUCAAAUUAAUUUCUGCAUUAUAAAUUUUUUUAAUAAUAUUAUUUAUUAAUUUAAAUCGCAAUCAUGAGUGAUGAUUUAACAAAGGAACAAAUUGCGCUUUUGCGCAAUGCGUUCAAUGCCUUCGAUCCAGAAAAAAAUGGCUACAUCAACACAGCUAUGGUUGGCACCAUUUUGAGUAUGUUAGGUCACCAACUCGAUGAUGACACAUUAGCUGGCAUUAUUGCUGAAGUCGAUGAGGAUGGUUCCGGACAGAUUGAAUUCGAAGAAUUUACAACAUUAGCUGCGCGCUUCUUAGUUGAAGAAGAUGCAGAAGCUAUGCAGGCGGAGCUUAAAGAGGCUUUCCGUUUGUAUGACAAAGAAGGCAAUGGCUAUAUCACAACUGGUGUCUUACGUGAAAUUUUGCGUGAAUUGGAUGAUAAACUAACUAAUGAUGAUUUGGACAUGAUGAUUGAGGAAAUUGAUUCUGAUGGAUCUGGCACCGUGGACUUCGAUGAAUUCAUGGAAGUCAUGACCGGUGAAUAAAUAUAACAACAGUUAAGACCACCUGCGCCGUACGAGCAUCCAAAUUUUGAGUUAGGAAACUAUUUCGGUCACCUACACACACAUAUAAACAUAAAGCGCGAUCAAUCUCCUUGCUCCAAACAUCAAAUCCUACUACAUGCAUUCACAUUUGAUAUACGUUAUAUAGAAUUUUUAUUAUUCACCAUUUAAAAAUGGGAAAGCCACAAAAAUCGAUUUUAUGCAAAACUGUAUUAUACAUUUAAAAAGAUAAAUGAAAUUUUUACUAAUAAAGUCUAAAAUAAUACCAACAACAACACAAUGAUCAAUUUUUCAUUUCUUACUUAUGCCUGGGAACAAGUUCAAGUCACUGUUGAACUGAUCUUUCAAACUCAAUCUCGGCAAUAUCAAUCAUAAUACAAUAUAUAAUAAUUAUAUAUACAAUUUUAUGCAACAAAAAACAAAUGUAAAAAUAAAUUUAAAUCUAUUAGUAUAAAAGACAGACAGACCACUUGUCUACACAAUCAACACCCCCAUGUCGAUUAAGUCGUUCUAACGUAAUGACAGCGAAUUAGCUGAACAAUUAAGCUCGGUUUCAGCCACAUUUAUUAUGUUAAACAGUUCGGAUAAGCCGUCGAGGAAAUUAAUUUUUAAGUAUAUUCAAGUUGUGUUUUUUUUAAAUAAUUUUUUGUUAUAUAUAUCGUUAUUAUAUCUUGUUCUCUAUAUUUUUAUAUGCAUAUUAUUAAGACUUUUUGAACGUUUAAUUUGUUAAAUUUUAAUUGUGCGAGAUAAGUAAUCGUUAUUGAUACAACACAUGAAGAGCAGAUGAUUUCUUCCUAACUAAAUUAAAAAUUAAUUUAAAUUAAUUAAAUUAUUAUAGUUUUCCAUGUUAUGUAUACUUUUUCAUUUAUAUUUUGAGAGAUUUUAUAAAGGAUUUUGAAAUGAUUGUAAGGACAAAUGAAUAAAUAAAUAUGCAAUGGAACAGCCUGUAAUGGCAUUGGUUGAACA